GAAGUGUCCCACUGCCCCUGAACGCAGCACCUCCUGGUGGUCGUCCAUCAAACAGUUUGGAUUGAUACAGACCCCGCCCCCACUCUCACAUCUCAACUCUGAUUGGACAGUCCUCAGGGACCCGCCUAUCCAGCUUUGAUUGACAGACAGUUGUCCAAUGGUAACCGGAAACGAGGACGUCACCUGGCCUGUGAUUGGCCUGUAGCCUGAGUCUUCUCACAGUGGUGUAACUUUGUGAUUCAGCUCCAGACACGUCUUUAAAGAGGAGCUCGUCGUGAACCAGAACCAGAACCAAGCCCGACACAGAUGGGGGACCAGGAGCCUGAACAGUUUGGGUCCCUGCAGGAAGAACUGGAGUUCUGGAAGGAGCAGGCGGUCCAGAACCAGCAGAUAGCGGCCGAAGCUCAGGAGGAGCUGCAGGAGUUCCAGCAGAUGAGUCGGGACUACGAGGUGGAGCUGGAGGCGGAGCUGAAACAGUGCGAGGCCAGAAACCGUGAGCUGCUGUCUGCUAACAGCCGUCUGCGUACGGAGCUGGAGCUCUGCAGGGAGAAGUAUGAGACGCAGCACUCUGAGGCCUGCAGGCAGAUCUCCAGUCUGGAGGGGGACCUGGCUGAGACCACGGUGAUCAGAGACCAGCUGCAGAAAUACAUCAGAGAACUGGAGCAGGCCAACGAUGACCUGGAGAGAACCAAGAGGGCCACCAUCAUGUCUCUGGAGGACUUUGAGCAGAGGAUGAACCAGGUGAUCGAGAGGCCCCAGACAGAGGUCCAGAAGAUAAAACUGCCCCCCCUCCUCCCCCCUCCACUCCGUGCAGACCUGUAGCCUCCUCCUCCUCGGUCUUCAUCUCGCCGCCUCCGUCCAUCAGCCGAGCUGGAAACCCACCCGGGUCUCCCCUCACCACCUCGACCCGGAUCUCUGCCCUGAACAUCGUCGGAGAGCUGCUGAGGAAAGUCGGGAGCCUGGAGUCCAAGCUGGCGUCGUGUCGGGAAUACGUCCAGGAGCAGACGGCCAACCGCAGAGGUCUCCUCAGAGGAUCGGGGUCGGCGGGUCAGAACCCCCCCUCAGAGAACCACCCCACCAACGGUCUCUACAACAAGGGGUUGAUCAAGAGAUUGGACUUCAGUGCUGGAUCCAAGCUGCUGCUGUGAUCCUCCUCCUCAGGUCCUGGUCUCGGUCAGGUCCACAGGUGCUGGACAUUGUUCAGGUGUCUCUGCAGGACACGUUGGACCUCGGACAGGAAACAGGGUGUAGAGGGUUACCAUGGAAACUCAGGAUGUUUGGGUCGGCUUUGUUUUUUUAACAGGACUUGUUUUCAGCAGUCGCCCUAAAAGCAGGAACUCAUGUCCCACCAGGUCCUUCAGACUCUGUCCCUCUAACAGUGUCCAGAC